GAUGCUUUGUUGUUAAUUUUUUUCUUUUGAAAUGUUUAUGGAUUUGAAUCAGUUAUGGUUUACUGUGACUCCAUGGUUGUUGUUAAUACUGGAUUUGUUGAUAAUAAGAUGCUGCUGCCCAUCCAGUGUGUUUUAUUAGCUCUUUUUUUUUUUUCUGUUUCCUUUUGGCUGAAGAUUUAUUCGUAUCUUAGAUUAAAACUUUAGAAUUCCUCUGUUUUUAGCAAAUUUCUAUUCGGGGGUUCUGGGAAGAAAUUGGAAUUAAAAAAAAGAAAAAGUUAAUAUGAUCUAAAACGGUCAAGUGGCUUCUGUUGGAUUGAAGAAUUUGUGAAUGGGAUUAUGAUAAUUUAGAAAUGUGAUUCUUUCUUUUCUACCUUAUCUGAUUUGUGAAACCAUGUUUUCCUGUUAUAUUCCUUAACAUUGUUCAUUAGGAUUUUAUCUGAUGCAUUUAUUUGAAACAAACAGAUAUAUGUUGCUAAAGAAUUUGAUGGAAGACAAGAAACUGGACUUUAACCGGCCACUUCUCUCUGUGAGGCGCUUCACAUCCCAGGCUGCAGGUUCUGAAUCCGAGGGCAACAAGAAAACUGAUAAUUCACUCAAAAAAGUACCCCAUCCGCCUGUUUAUAAAUCAGAACUGAAAUCAGGUCCGCUCAGGAACCCUGGAACAGUUCCUUUUGUAUGGGAGAAAACCCCAGGUCGACCAAAGGAAGAAAGCAAUAUACAAACUGAUGCUCUUGACCGGCCUCCUAUUGCCCCAAAGCUUCCACCUGGGAGGGCUUUGAGGGAUAAGCAGCAGUCUCCUAGAAACGGGUCUGAUGCUAAAACUUUUGCACCCUACCAAACAGAUAUGGCGCCUUCCAGUUCUCAAAAUGUUCCAUCAUUGGCUCUCAAUGAAACUACAUAUGAAUGUGCAAAUGGAGAAAUGGAGGAGACAGGGAGUUCUGGCUCGAAGGAUAGUGGUGAGGCAUAUGUAGAUGCACUUGAUACACUUUCACGGUCAGAGUCAUUCUUCUUGAACUGUAGUAUUAGUGGUGUGAGUGGGUUGGAUGGUUCAGAUAUCAAACCAUCUGGAACCUUCUCAUCAGAUCCCCAAACUCGGGAUUUCAUGAUGGGUCGUUUUCUGCCAGCAGCAAAGGCAGUAGCAUCAGAAACACCUCCAUAUGCUACAAAGAAACAACCUAUAGCACGAGAGCCACCAAGACAGAUAAAGAAGCUUGUAAUUGCGGAUAAGCAGCAACCACUUUAUGCAUCCAGUCCAAACAAGUUCCCACAUGCACAGGAUGACUGGUCAGAAGAAAGUGAAGAUGAUUGCUAUAGCGACUCUCAAAACUAUUCAGUCAAUGUUUGUGGCUUGUUUCCUCAGUUUUUGCUUAAAAAUUCCUUGUGUCUUUUGAACCCAAUACCAAGAGUGAAAGCUCAAAAAUCAGUGAAAACUGCAUACUCUGAUCACAGGCGAGAGGCUAAAUCCUCGUAUUUGAGAUCUUGCAAUGAAACUGAAACUGAGCAUACUGAGGCUGCUGGCAAGAAACGCUUAACGGGUAUUGCCCAAACAGAGGAGGCUAUUGAGGAUAAGAAUAAUCUAAAGAGUGGAUCUAGCAAGAAGAGUUAUAGAAGUGAUUGUCGGAAUCCGGAUGGAGCUUCUCUUUUUAGGCAUUUUCAGGGUAAUAAUGUAUCAUCAUAUCCUAGUCAAAUAUCCUGGCUGGGGCAUCAAGAAAAACGGUUUCUUGGUAUUCCUGAUAAAGCUAAGAACUACAGGGUUAGUAGCAUUGAUCCGCAUAAGCAAGGGAGCAAGAAUCUUCAAGAAUGUCUGGCAAGUGAGAGUAUUAGCCAGGAAUCAGGUUCAGCAAGCCCUGUUGAGAAAACUCUGUAUGUAGAUUCCGUACAAAGGGGAAUAUCAUCCAAUUCAAGUUUUCCAGAUGAAACAGCAUCAUGCAUGAAGGAUGGUUUGGAGAUCCUAGUUAAUCCUGGGGAAAUGGAGGAGAAUCCUUCAGUAGAUUCUUCAUUGAAGCAUACCAAGCACUUGAAUCAUGUAGUUGAUGAGAAGACACCUGUUCAGCAUAAGUGCAUGGAGUCCGUGGAUCCGUAUUCUCUGCUUUCGCCUGAAAAAUAUGCUCCUUACUGGCAAAUGGAUGCCACGGAUGGUUUCAGAAGGGAUCAAGAUUUGAUUCGGGAUUCUAGUAAAUUGACAUUCUUAAAUGUUAAUGAAUUUAAAUUAAGUCAACAAGACCUCAUACAACAUUCUAAUAAAUUUACAAACUCAAAAGCAGCUGAGUGUAGAAAAGCUGAUUUGGAAAGCCAGCCGCAAAUCAAAUCAAGUAACCAAGGAAGUUCUCAUGGCUGCAACUUAAAACUUCCUCUUGCCUUACCUUUACCUAAAGCUCCAUCAGAAUCUUGGUUGAAGCGCACCUUGCCUGCUGUUUCCUCGAGAAAUUCAUCUUCACGGACUGGUCUUGGUACAUGUAACUAUAGUGAAACUCAAGCCUACACAGCUCUGUCCAGUGAUCUCAAGUGGGAAAACAUUGUUAAAUCUUCUAAUGUUCAUCAUGGUCGUUUGCGGUUUUCGGAGGAACAACUUCCUCCUAUACCAGAAGCUUAGAAGUAUUGGGAUUCAUUACUUUUACGGGGUUAAGGAUGCAUAAAGAAGAUUAAACCCCUUUUAAAUAUUUAUAUCUACAAACAGUAUAAGUAAAUGAUGGAAAGCUGUAAAAGUGUAAAAUCAAUAUUUGCAUAGGGCACUGAAAUAUGAAGAUUGUAAAGUUUUGUAAAUAACAUCAAUUAGUUCAUUGAGUAGGUCCAAUAUCCUGUAGUUGGAUUCUUUUCUAAAAGGAUUCAGAACUGUAUCCUCUUAUUUGCAAUAAAAGGAGAAAUUUGCUGCUUGUAUCA